GGGGAGGUUGCUGGGGGAGCCGCCGUGGGCGGCGUCACUGAGCCGCGCCAGCUGAGCCUUGUAGAGCCCAGUCCCUCUCUACUAACUUGUCCGGGGCUCGCUCCUUCUCCCGGCGUCCGUCGACCCCGCUUCCAUGUCACCGGUGGACGCAGCACCCCGAAACCUUCACGCCCAUGGCCACUAGCCUGAGGAGGCCCUCUUUCACCGCCUGUUCUUCUUCCCCUACCGACACGGACGACGAGGGCGUGCGCGGCACUUGCGAAGAUGCUUCUAUAUGCAAGAGGUUUGCAGUGAGCGUUGGCUACUGGCAGGACCCUUACAUCCAGCAUUUGGUGAGACUAUCUAAAGAGAGGAAGGCCCCGGAAAUUAACAGAGGGUAUUUUGCUCGAGUCCAUGGCGUCAGCCAGCUUAUAAAGGCAUUUCUACGGAAGACAGAAUGUAAUUGUCAAGUUCUAAACCUCGGGGCUGGGAUGGAUACCACCUUCUGGAGGUUAAAGGAUGAAGAUCUUCUACCAAGUAAAUAUUUUGAAAUCGACUUUCCAAUGAUAGUCACGAGAAAGCUGCACAGCAUCAAAUUGAAACCUCUCCUAUCAAAACCCAUUUUAGACUUACAUUCAGAGGACACACUUCAAAUGGAUGGGCACGUGUUGGAUUCAACAAGAUAUGCCAUCAUUGGAGCAGAUCUCCGAGAUAUACCUGAACUGGAAGAGAAACUAAAGAAAUGUAACAUGAAUACACAAUUGCCAACCCUCCUGAUAGCUGAGUGUGUGCUGGUUUACAUGACUCCGGAGCAGUCUACAAACCUUCUCAAGUGGGCAGCCAAGAGUUUUGAGACUGCCAUGUUCAUAAACUACGAACAGCAUUGGCGUUGGUGUUGGCUUAUGAAUCCGGGAAUCACUUCAUAUAUCGUUAAAGUGAACAUGGAUGACCGGUUUGGGCAGAUCAUGAUUGAGAACCUGCGGAGACGACAGUGUGACCUGGCGGGAGUGGAGACCUGCAAGUCGUUAGAGUCUCAGAAAGAACGGCUCCUGUCGAGUGGGUGGGAAUCGGCAUCAGCCAUCGACAUGAUGGAAUUGUACAGCAAAUUACCUCGUGCCGAAGUGAGCAGAAUAGAGUCCCUUGAAUUCCUGGAUGAAAUGGAGCUUCUUGAACAACUCAUGCAGCAUUACUGCCUUUGCUGGGCCACCAAAGGAGGAAGUGAACUGGGCUUGAAGGAAAUAACUUACUGAUCUGUUCAAGACUCGUGCUGAGCCAGAGCUGAAGCCACUGACCUUUCCGGAGUGGAGUCUCUGAGUUUCCUGAGUGGUGGUUAGGCCUUGGCUACCAGUCUCCCCGCUCGCCUAGAGACCUCAGUGACCGAGGUGCUUGUACCAGUUCCUGUUCCUCUCGGCUUUUACCGUUUAAAUAAAUCUCAGUUGCCGUU